AUGUUCUCCCUGCUGCCCGCCGCGCGUUCUGCAGAUGCGGCAGCGUUGGCAGGCGAGCAACGGCGAGAUGCGCGCCUUCGGCUCGCGUGCUUCGAGUACGUCCGCCUAUCGCUGCGCCAGGACGUGCACAAGCGACUGGGCUUAUACUUGACUCUCGUCACACUGAGCAUUGACGGAUGGCUCCGACUCUUGUCGAAGACACCCGCGUCCCCCACUUUGCGUCUCCGACGCAUCCCCUGCCUCCCGCGUCCCUACCGCCUGCGCCCCCGCCGUAUCCCCCCUCAGUCCUUGACGCCGCCUGCGUGCGCGUGCGCGCGCCCUGGGUGCACGGCUGACGAGCGCGUGCCGCGGGCGUACGACUGAUGAGUACGUGCCGCGAGUGAGGGUUGUGCUGGGCGAGGCGCGCAACCCUCUGGUCUAAGUGUUGCACCUGGCCGUGCUACUACCGUGUGCAUCGUAGCGUCCCUAUGUAGAAUUAUCAUGUAAUCUGUAGAAUUUCCAUUUAUAUUGUCCAUGA